AUGAAGGAAUAAAAACAUGACCCAAAAGUUGCUCUAAAAGUUUUGAAUUUUUUUUUAAGAGGGAAAGGAUAAGGAACUAUCAUACCAGAACAUUAAGCUAUGAGUCCAGAGGAAAUAAAGUCAAUUUUUCAUAGAGCCUUUAUUCGAUUAAGAGCAAUAUAUUUACUCAAUAAAUUAUCAUAAGAAAUAAUUAUGUAUGGAACAUCAUCUAAUUUGUUUGAUUUAUCAACAAGAGACAGGUAAAUAUUAGAUGAUUUUAAGACCUGCUUUAUAAAAAUACCUCUUUCCUCUUAAUAAGUCUACAGAGCAUAAAGAUUAAAGUCCAUAAUUUCCAAUAAUUCAUCCAGAUUCUUAUAUUAAAUUUGUUUGGAAUUUAAUUUUCACAGUAAUUAUAUUAUACACAUCUAUAAUAUUACCAUUUAGAAGUAUGUAUUUGAUUUAUAAUAGUAUCAUUUUAUGUUCACAAAGAGGAAUCAUAUUGGUAAUAAAUUGAUAUAGUUACUGAUGUAUUAUUUUGGAUAGAUUUAUUGAUAAAUAUGAUUAGUGGAUAUUAUGAUGAAGAAGGUAAAUUGGUAGUAUAAAAAAGAGCAGUGAUUUUGAAAUAUUUAAAAGGAUGGUUUUUGCUUGAUUUAAUCUCUUGUUUACCAUUAACUUAUAUGAUUGAUUCAUCUAAUUCAAAUGAUGGUUAAGAAAUUAAACUAGUGAAAUUAGCAAAAUUACCAAGAUUGUAUAAAUUGACAGGAUUAAUGAAAUUAUCAAAAUAAUUUAGAAUAACAGGGAAUGACUUUUUUUAAUUUAAUUAUGGUAUGACUAGAUUAACAUCACUAUUUUUAUCAGUUAUUUUAGUUAUACAUUUAUCAAGUUGUGUUUGGCAUUAUGUUGCUGCAUAUAAUGAUUAUGAAAUAAAUAGUUGGGUAUAUUAAAAUGAUCUAUCAAAUUCAUCUAUUCAAACUAAAUAUAUUGCAGGUAUGUAUUAUGCUUUCACUACCUUAACUACUGUAGGAUAUGGUGAUAUCCAUUCAUAUUCUCCAUAAGAAAAGAUAGUUACAAUAAUUUUAAUGAUUUUAGGAGUCUUAUUCUAUUCAACUAUUAUUGGUUUAUUGUCUUCAGUUUUAUCUUAAAUAGAUUAUAAGGCACAUAUACUAAAUUAGAAAAAGGCUAUAAUGAGUGAAUUUUGUUUGGAAAAGAAAAUAUCUAGAUAAUUAAGAGAUUGUUUAAAAGAGACUUUGGAGUACAAUUUUAGUAAGAAUGGAUUUGUUUGGGCAAGUGAUACUAAAAUAUUUUAAGAUAUUCCUAUGAAUUUAAGAUAUGAUAUAAUGAUGUCUAUGCAUAAUGGUGUAUUUGGACAUUAAGCAUUAUUUUAAUUAGUUGAAGAUAAAGCUUUUGUUGUUCAUGUAGUACCUUUAUUAAAACCAUUAUUUAUGUUGGAAAGCGAGUAAAUAAAGAUUAAUUUAUUUUAGAGUAAUUUGGGAAGAGAAAUCUAAUCCAGAUGCAAUUUAUUUGAUUGAUAUAGGAAGAGUAAAUUUUAAAACUAAUUUCAUUGUAUAAGCAACUACUAAUCAAUUAAAAUCAUUUUCAUUCAAAUCUAUGAUAAGUGGUUCAUAUUUUGGUGAAAUAGAAAUCUUUUUUCAUACAACUAGAGAAUAUAUUGUUUAAUGUGAAUCAAAUUGUGAAUUUUAUUAUUUGACUCUUUAAGCAUUUGAAAAUGAGAUUUAUGAUGAUUUUCCUCAUAUGAUGGAUAAAAUGAGAAAGAUUGCAGAAGAUAGAAGAAAGAAAAAUUUGGAAACAAUAGAAUAAUUAUAAUAAUUUAUAUUAGAUGAAACAACUAAACCAGAAGCAAGAAGUAUAUUAAUAUAAUAUAUUAUUAGUAUCAAAUAAAAAAAAGACUAUUCUUUUAAAAGAAUAUUAGAGUGAUAGUUAGAGUAAUAUUAAUGAUAUAGCAUAAAGAUAAAAUGCUAGUAAAUAGAAUAGAAGUAAACAUGAAGCAGCUUUACUUGAAUUAAGGAAGAAAGAUUUAAAUUAAAAUCAUGAUCAUUCAAAAACACUAUUUUAAUAACGUAAUCCUUUUAGCUAAAAAUCAAUUUAAAUAAAUCAAAAAAAAUAAAAAUUAUAAGAAUUAGUUUAAAUUGCAGAAGAAAUCUCUGAUCUUUUAGAAGAAUGA